AUGAAGAUGUCUAACGCGGACAUCGUCUUAAACGCCACCGAUCGGAUGGUCAAAUCUGUCCCAUUCCCCCUGAGCCACCGUCUUACCUUAAAGGAAGUGUUCGACUGUGAAGGGAAGCCGCGGGUGGACCUGCUCAAAGCCCAUCUGACCAAAGAGGGUCGAGUGGAGGAGGCAGUGGCGCUGCGCAUCAUCAACGAAGGAGCAGCCAUACUGCGCCAGGAGAAGACUAUCCUGGACAUCGAGGCGCCGGUCACAGUAUGCGGGGACAUCCAUGGGCAGUUCUUUGAUCUCAUGAAGCUGUUUGAAGUGGGAGGAUCACCAGCCACAACACGGUACCUGUUUCUUGGGGACUAUGUUGACCGCGGCUACUUCAGUAUUGAGUGUGUUUUAUACCUUUGGUCGCUGAAAAUCCUCUAUCCAAAGACACUAUUUUUACUUCGUGGAAAUCAUGAAUGUAGACAUUUGACAGAAUAUUUUACCUUCAAACAAGAAUGUAAAAUCAAAUACUCCGAACAGGUGUACGACUCAUGUAUGGACUCGUUUGACUGCCUUCCUCUGGCUGCGCUCAUGAACCAGCAGUUUCUCUGCGUCCAUGGCGGGCUCUCACCGGAAAUUCACACUUUAGAUGAUAUUAAAAAAUUGGAUCGGUUUAAGGAGCCACCAGCUUUUGGGCCUAUGUGCGAUCUGUUGUGGUCUGACCCUCUGGAAGACUUUGGGAAUGAGAAAACCCAGGAAUUUUUCGGACACAACACAGUGCGAGGGUGCUCCUACUUCUACAGUUACCCAGCUGUGUGUGAGUUCCUACAGAGCAAUAACCUAUUAUCAAUUAUUCGGGCCCAUGAAGCGCAAGAUGCAGGGUAUCGGAUGUAUCGAAAGAGUCAGACGACUGGGUUCCCGUCCCUUAUCACCAUCUUCUCUGCACCAAACUACCUGGAUGUUUACAACAACAAAGCUGCAGUUCUGAAGUAUGAGAAUAACGUGAUGAACAUUCGGCAGUUUAACUGCUCCCCACACCCGUACUGGCUGCCCAACUUCAUGGACGUCUUCACCUGGUCUCUGCCCUUUGUGGGGGAGAAAGUGACGGAGAUGUUGGUGAAUGUGCUGAGCAUCUGCUCUGAUGACGAGCUCAUGAUGAAUGAUGAAGAUGAGAUUUUUGAUGCCAAUGCAGCUGCAGCGCGCAAAGAGGUUAUCAAGAACAAGAUACGUGCAAUUGGCAAGAUGGCUAAGAUGUUCUCUGUCCUCAGAGAGGAGAGUGAGAACGUAUUGACGCUUAAGGGCCUGACGCCCACUGGCAUGCUGCCCAGUGGAGUCCUCUCAGGGGGCCGACAGACUCUGCAGAGUGCCACCAUUGAGGCCAUUGAAGCCAUCGAGCCGAAUGAGGAGGACGAUGAAGCGAUCCGCGGCUUUUCUCCUCAGCACAAGAUCAGAAGUUUUGAGGAGGCUAAAGGCUUGGAUCGUAUCAAUGAGCGCAUGCCGCCGCGUAGAGAUGGGGUGAACCACGUGGGCCACUCCAUGGGCAAGAUGAACAUGUCCGAGGCCAACGGGACGGAUGACAACAGCAACAUCCAGUGA